AUGCAGCCUACUGAAAAAAAGAACAAUCUCCUCACCAUUAAGAAUUCCCAAUUCAAGCCCCAGGAUUAUGACCAGUGGCAGCAGACAAAAAGGAAGCCCACGUUCAGCCUGCCUGAGAUUAAAGGCAAUGUUGCUUCAGAAAAGCAGAAAUCAAAGAAGAAGACGAGUACAGGAUUAGAUGUUUUCCAAAGAAAGUCUAUAGUACCAGGGUCUUUUGGCAGUUCAGGGAAGAACAGCUCACAGAAGAUGUCUGCGAAAGAAGCAGAGCCAGAGUGCAUUCAAACCAACAUCCAAAUACUCAAAGCAAUGCUUAAGUUCAGACGGGCCUCACUAGAAGAGCUGAAAAAGCAUGUUGAUUCCCUCACAAAAACCAACCAGGAGCUGGCAAAAAAGAUCCAGGACAUAGAAGCCAGCACCACAGUGAAAGUGCGGAAGCUUCUGCAGCAGCAGGAUUUGUUUGGGACUCUCAUUAGCACCCUGGACUUCGCAAGCCAUAAGGAAAUGGAAAGAAUAAAGGGCGAACUCCAGAAAUGGGAAACACAGGCAUCGAUCAGACUGAACGGAUUGCAACAGCAGAUAACAAAAGUGAAAACUAGAAUUCAGAAGACCAAAGAGGAGCUGAAUUUCCUGAGCACCUACAUGGACCAAGAGUACCCAAUUAAGUCUGUGCAGAUUGAAGAACUUAUGCGCCAGAUCCAGGCUGUGAAAGAUAAUAAUCAGGAAGACCUGGAGGAACUGGAGGAGCUGGGCAAGGAUGUGCUUCAGAUGUUGUCGAAAAAGCUGAUGGUGAAUUCAGAGCAGGUUUUAUAUGUCAUGGCCAAGAAAAUCAUCCGUCCCUAUCAAGCUGCUCUUAUGAAGAGGACCCUAAGUAACCAGCAACUUUUGAGGCAAAUGGUUCAAUUCAGAGCGCACAUUGACUAUAUGAAGGAGCAACUUCCUAAGCUGAAGGCUGAGGUGAAGGCUCUUGAGAAGCGGAGAAAGCACCCUCGGGAGGCGAUCUUUGAUGAUAUCUUGCUUCGGAAAUCCAAGUGUACUCCAGACAUGGAUGUCAUCCUUAACAUCCCCCAAGAAGAAGUGCUUCCCUUUUAGCCCUGGAGCAGGACAGGACACCACUCUGGCUGAUCAUGUCUGAGAUCCCUUGUUUUUCUUCCA